AUGCGGGAUGUGCAGCGUCAAGGAAUACUUCAACCUAGGAAACUUUUGGCGGAUAAUAUUAUGGUUCCAUCAACUGCUGCGGAGCCGAUUCCUCUACAACAUGAGUUAAAACCUCUAGCAGAUGAAGGAAUCGAAAAUGUCAGACGAAAGCGAGAACCUUCACUUUCCGACAGUUUUGAAGUGCCAAAAAAGCCGUUGAAACCGUAUUCUCGACGGUGGAUGCGAUUAGUGACAGGAGGAACCCGCAGUCAACGAGAUAUGACCGCGGCUGCCCAUGCUUUUAUCGCCCGUUUACCUCGAUCCAAGGAUAGCUGGUGA